GGCGGAGCCAAAGAGGAGGAAACUGUACCGUUGAAUGACUGCUCUCAAGAAAACCGGCGACGAGCCUCCGUACCCGGCAGAUUAAUCGCCCAUCUUUACCGCUUUUCCACGCAUUGAUAUCCUGCCAAAGCGAGCGAAGCAAAGAUAACAUUGAACUCAUUCAACCUAAAUCUCGUCCACAUUAAACCUUCACUCAGCAACACCUGCAUGCUGCAGCUUCUGGAAAUAUCUGCGAAGGGCUUGGGAGAUUAGCGGUGCAGAUAAACGACUGCAGGAAUGGAGACGCAAAUACAUGUGCCCGUGGGGUCGCCGGUGAUUAGAAAAAUUCCCAUUUUCGUGGACGAGCACAACGUGGCGGAGGGGGCGAUGACGCUCAUCCAAGAACUGAGACCGGCGUGGGACAAGAGUCACGUCAAGACGAAGCUCUUUACCGAUGGAACCACCAACAAGCUAGUGGGCUGCUACGUGGAGGACAGUCCAGAGGAUGUGGUCCUUGUCCGAGUAUACGGAAACAAGACGGAGCUAUUCGUGGACAGAGACAAUGAGCUCAAAAGCUUUCAGGUGCUACAUGCUAAUGGUUGCGCUCCUCACCUCUACUGCACCUUUCAGAACGGCAUCUGCUACGAGUUCGUGCAGGGUGACGCUCUCGGGACGGCGGAUGUCAGGGAUCCUUCUUUACUCAGAAUGAUAGCCGGAGAGAUGGCUCGUAUCCAUGCCAUCCAUGCCCACAACGGCUGCAUCCCCAAACCCAACCUCUGGAUUAAGAUGAGAAAAUACUUCUCUCUUGUGCCCACAGAGUUCACAGACCAAGCAACCAACCUCAGGAUCCAGCAGGAGUGUCCCAGCAAAGCAGUGCUGGAGCAGGAGAUAGUGUGGAUGAAGGAGCACCUCUCCACACUGGGCUCCCCCGUGGUGCUCUGCCACAAUGACCUACUGUGCAAGAACAUCAUCCACAACAGCAAAGAGGGUCACGUUCGCUUCAUAGACUAUGAAUACUCCAGCUACAACUACCAGGCCUUUGACAUCGGCAACCACUUCAAUGAAUUUGCAGGAAUGGCAGAGCUGGACUAUGGGCUGUACCCGACUCGGGAGAUGCAGAUGGACUGGCUCAAAGUGUACCUGCAGGCAUACAAGCUCUUCACCAAGAAAACAGAGGAGGUCAGCGAGCGAGAGCUGGAGACGCUCUACGUACAGGUCAACAAGUUUGCUCUGGCCUCUCACUUCUUUUGGGGCUUCUGGGCGCUCAUACAGGCCGAAUACUCCACCAUAGACUUCGACUUCCUCGGGUACGCCGUGCUACGUUUCAAGAACUACUUCAAGACCAAACCUGCAACGAUGGCCCUGCAGAUCCCGGAAUGAAAAGAAGACGUAGGAAGGCAGAAUCCGGAGAAAAAGUGAGGGAGGGUGCAUCAGCUUUCAUGCUGGAACUUCCUGUACACUCUCUCAAUCUUUCCAGCCCAGCUGUCUGACGGACCAGUACCCGCUCUACCUGGCCUCCUUUCCUGCGACGAGCGCGAUUACUCUUUCAUUCCUCCCAACUUAGCUCCAGGUCUGUCACAACUCUUCGCUCAAGACACUUUUCUGAGUUCUGUCUGUCUGUACAGUAUGUGAGUGAGUGAGUGUGCGAGCUUUUUGUUUGUACUGUCCACCCAUCCUUAGAAACCUGACUUCCUACUUUCAUACAGAAAUGUCCCACAGCACCUCCAACAAAAAAAUUUGACUUUUUAAAAGAUACACACAAAUAGCCUUUCCUCUUAUUAGUUUGACUGUCUCCAUGACUCAAUGCAACGGCCUCACUGUAGUAAGAAACUAACCAUAGACGCCUUGCACGUCAUAUUCCUGAGAUUUUGCAGGUUGGUUGGUAUGCUUAAAACAAUUCCUCCUUCUGUCUGCAGAUCUUGAAACAUUUAAAUUCCUUUCUUCUGCAUCUCUGGUGCUAAGUGCUUUUAGCUGUGGUAUCUAUGCACUGCCCUCCCCAGACACCAGCUGCGUACUUUGGGGCAGUCCUGUGUGUCUCUCUCUCUCCCUGAUUCUUUUUUUCUCUUGUUCCAGUAAAAGCGUUUGUCAGUUUCUAUUUUAGUUAUUCCAAAUAAACUGCUGCUAAUAUUAGAAAUAAAAAAAUAAAAAGUGAGUGUUUGCUGGUGUACCUCUCUCCUAAAGGAAGGACUGAGUGUGAGAGACAGAAACCUGUUCAAGCUUUUCACGGGCUGGCUUCGGGUUAGGUCACUAUUGUGUUCUAGCAAUGGAUGAUAGAGAGAAGCUAAAUGUGCAUUUAUUUAUUGAUGUGAAGACCUUCUGGAUUAUUUAGUAUCUCAGGUGAAACGGCUCCAUGGUUCUGCUUGCAGUGAUACUGAAGGAGGAGGGGAGGAGGGUUUAAGUGAGAGCACCUGUAUCACUCUGUGUGCUUUUCUCUCCUCAACCCAUUUUUCCACAUUCUUGACUUUUAUGGUAACGGAGCGUCGCUCUGUUAAACUUUCCAUUAAGACUUCCUGGACCUCUUGGAAAAUUACAACCUCCGUCACCCUCACUACCAACCCCUCCUCAUACACCAAUAUCCCCUCCUCUACUCUUUAUGGCCUAAUCUGUUUGCUCCCUCCUCAUGUUAUCAUCUUUGAUCUCCAGCCCCCAGUUUGGUUUCAUAUCUGGCCUUUCAACAGGUUCAAACUGCAGCACCUGCUUCAAAGGCAGCGUUGAGUUCAGAGGCUGCUCUCACCGCCACACCAUGUGCCAAUCAGUUCCUGCUCACGUCUCACAUUUUUAAAAGUAUGUUCUGUUACGUAAUCAAAUACUGCACGAUUUAUAUCUGUGAUUCAAUCGAGGCUGAUUUUCCAUUCAUUUAAUUUAUUUGUUACAUCUUGGUCACACGUUUGACUCGUGUGGUCUUGUUUGUCCUCUCAUAUCUCAGUUAAUUUGAUGAAAUGGCAUUGAAAGAUGUUUCCUUCAGCCGUUUUAACUGAACACUGCAAACAAUAAAAUGGUUUUAUUUGGCUGUUUGAAUCCUGCAGACAUCUUGGCGCUAACCGGUCUGUUAGAAAGAUCUUAAUGGCUUCUGUUAUAAUGAACCUGAGCUCUUUAUUUGACUUCUUUAAAGUCAUGAAUAAAUCAGAGCUUCAGAUGAUAUCUUCAGAAACGACUUUUGUCCGCCGGUCUCCAGAGCAGGAACAAGUUUCCCUCUCUUUCCCCCAAACGCUCUUCAGGAUAUUUAAUCUCUACUAGGCACAGCAGGGGGAGACACUGAGCGCUGACCUUUGUCCCACACUCCCCCGUCUCAUGUAUCUCACAGGCUCAAUAAUUUACAAAGUGAGCUGCCUCUGCCCCUUAACACCAUCACUACAGACUCUAAUUUAUGUUAAUGGUUUCCAGUCCGGACAUUUAAGCUGGGACGUAGCCCAGGUGCUGUCAGGUGAAUCACGUCCAUCUAAGAAUGUGUCAGAAGCUCUUAUCCUAAUGAGUGAUGAUCAGAAGCUUGUUAAUGUGAACUCUUAACUGCUUGUGGCAUUGUGAGGGUUUAGAGUUACUUAGUAAAAGAGUCGUUUUAUGAUGGCACAUAAUUGUCUGUAAAAAAAAAAACUGAGGACUGAGGAAGAAAAGACUUUGGGAACAUAUUGUUUAGUUUCUUUUGGAUUAUAUCUAUGGCCCGACCGAUAUGGGGAAAAAAAAAUCAGAUACCGAUAUAUCGGCCGAUAUCUUUCUUCGAUCUAUGUUCGAUCUGUAGAGAUAGAUACAGAUAUCGUACACAUUUAUUGCGUUGACUCUUCAAAUGCAUAUUAAACACUUGUGGAAUAGAUAUAUAUAUAUAUAUAAUGAAGAUGGUCACUCAACUGGAAAGUAACUGCACAUGUACAUGCAUCACCACUUAACACUCUGGAGUGAUAAUGUUUGUUGUAAUCCAUAUAGCGCCCUCUGCUGGUGAAACAGAACUGCUUGUUUAAAACAAUGAUACUCAAAUGAAAUACUAUUUGACUGGUGAAUAAAAAUCUAGUAAUAUCGGCGCAUAUCUGAGAUAAAAUUAGCCGAUACCGAUAAGUCACUAGGUAAGCCGAUAUCUGCCGAUAUAAUCAGCUGGCCAAGUAAUGGGUGAACGUAGCCUUUGUGAUGUCUCCCAUAUGUCUAGUGGACUGCUGUUGAAAAGCUUUUUAGUCUGGCUGUAUAUUGUUUCUUUUUUAAUAGAGGAUGCAUGCACUUUAUCCUGGUUGAUGAAUCGCCACGGUAACGACUUGUCCAUCACAAGUAGACUCACCGUCCUCUUAUCAUCUAUUUUGCUCUGAAUGGGGAAUUUAUAAAGUUAGGACCAUUAACUUA